GCCCGAGCGCCGCGUCGGAUGGGCCCCGGGGCGCCGCGGGCCUGGGGGCCGGUGCUGAGGCCGGGCUCGGAGCGCGCCGGGCGGAGGCGGCGGCCUGCAGUGUUUUAGGAAGAAGAUCCUUUUACUGAUUGUAUUCCAGCUCAUCCAUAGUUUGAGUUGCCAAGAAUGGUUGUAAUGAGUGAAAAGCAGAAGACAGGAAACCAUUGAGGGUUCCAGUCAAGAAGUUGCAUUUCACGAGCUUGGAAAAGAGGCAGUGCUCUUCAGAAAAACUGUUGACGUCACAGGUUUCAAAAUGAAGACAGCAGAGUCACAGCUAGUGACCAUGUCCCACAAUGAAUUCUGGAAUAUACAUCCAGGGCUACAAGAACACUGGAGCUGGAAUUCUCAUAGAGAAACUGAGCCUAUAUGUGAGAAAGCUAUGCCUGUUCACCAGAUCCUAGCCUUUUCUGACAAGACCACCACCACCAAAGACUGGACAGUGGCACCCAGGCUCAUCCUGCCUGAGUCCCAGGUGAGCUGUGCUGUCCAGCCAUUGAGGGCUGCCUUUCCCUGCUGCCCAGGACCCACUCUGCCCAGCUCGCAGAGCUUGUUGACAUUUGAAGAAGUGGCCAUGUAUUUUUCUCAGGAAGAAUGGGAGUUACUGGAUCCCACUCAGAAGGCCCUCUACAAUGAUGUAAUGCGAGAAAACUAUGAGACUGUCAUCUCUCUAGUUGUGCCUGUUCACCAGAUCCCAGCCUUUUUUGAGAAGACAAACACCAAAGACUGGACAGUGACACCCGAGCUCAUCUUGCCUGAGUUCCAGAGCUUGUUGACAUUUGAAGAAGUGGCCGUGUAUUUUUCCCAGGAAGAAUGGGAGUUACUGGAUCCCACUCAGAAGGCCCUCUACAAUGAUGUAAUGCGAGAAAACUAUGAGACUGUCAUCUCUCUAGCGUUAUUUGUGCUCCCCAAACCUAAAGUGAUCUCCUGUCUAGAGCAAGGAGAAGAGCCAUGGGUUCAAGGGCCCUUGGAGUUCAAGGACAAUCCUGGAGAGCUGCCUACAGGGUUAAAGCUCAAAACUGACACUGAAAACCAUCAGCCUAUAUGUCUUUCUGACUUAGAAAUACAAGCACCAGGAGACUUUGUAUCAAAAAAGACCAGAGUGAAAGUUCCCCCAAAAACAACAGGCAAAGAAAAUCAUAGUGAUACACACAGGAUGGGGAAGUGGCAUCAAGAGUUUCCAGUUCAUCAAACAAAGGAACUUUCAAUUUGGGAAGAAGAGCUGCAGAGACUUAUGGAUCUUCACAAGAAAGCCCGUGCAGUAGAGAAGCCUUUUACAUGCCAGGAGUGUAGGAAAAACUUCAGACUGACUUCUGAUCUUACUAAACACAAAAAAAUUCACACAGAAGUAAAGCCAUAUAAAUGUCAACAUUGUGGUAAGAGCUUUAGAGGGAAAUCAGAUCUUAAUAAGCAUGUAACAAUACACCAAGGAAUAAAACCGUAUAAAUGCUCCUGGUGUGGGAAAAGCUUCAGUCAAAAUUCAAAUCUCCGUACACAUCAAAGAACUCACACUGGAGAGAAACCCUUUAUGUGUUAUAUAUGUGGAAAGAAAUUCAGUCAGAAUUCCCACCUUACUAAACAUCGAAGAACCCAUCUGUAGCAUAAACAUGAGAACAUUAGCAGGCAUUCAAGCCUUCUUAAAACCAGAAGACUACCACUGAAUGGAAAUAUAUGUGAUGUCCUUAGUAUGGAGAAGAAAAUGCAAACUUAUGAAGCAUAAACAAUUCAUCAAAGGAAAAUUUGGUGAUAUAUUUCUCAGAAAGGAAUCAAGGUUGACUCUUCAGGGGAUGCGUUAGUUUUUUACUAAUUACAUUAUUACUAAUCUUCAGGGAAUUCAUAACAAGAAAGGUGUUCAAAGAGCAUUCUGAGUCUGGAAUGUACUAUUUUGUGAUUGUACUAAGCAGUUAGCAAAUUCAGCUUCAAAACGCAAAUACACCCAUGUAUUACUAAUCAGUCUUCUGUGAUCAUCAUGUUGGUUUUGCAUUGAUCUCCACAUGAUAGGAACAUUUGUAGCAUGGUCUUCCAGAACAAGAAACAAUACCUGCAUGUUAUCUUCAGGGUAGUAGGUAUACCAAUUUCAAGAAUCCUGUAGCACAAAAAUGAGUUCUGUCAUCAAGUUCUGCAAGAGUCAAAUUGGCUUUUUUUUCUUCUCCUUUGUCAGUGGACAGUUUCCAUAGUUGAACAUCAUUUGAAUUCUAUCAUGAACAAUUUAGCUCUUGAGGCCUUUUAGCACCAUUUUUACAGUGAUAGAAUGCUAUUUACCUCACCAUUAGGUUAUCUGCCAGAAGUAACAAUGUACUAACUUAGAUCUCUUAUUGGUCAUGAUUGAUAAAGGAAAAUACCAACGUCACAUGGAAACGGUUUGGAAUUUUAGGUAUGGAUUAUAUAUUACAUGUAAAGAGGAAUUGUUAGCAAAAAAGAAAGUAGGUAUCGGCCCCCCUCCACCCCAGCACACACACAUACAAUGUCAAUCAUAAAUAUUAGCACUUUCCUGGGCCUAAAUUGAAAUCGAUGGAAGUUAAGGAUCAAAUUAGGUCUUUGGUUUUUUUUUUGCUUUUGUUUAUAAAAACAAAGAGAGGGUUCUGUAUAGAAAGUAGAUUGUGCGCUACCUCCAGGAUGUGGUUUACUAGGUGUGCCAGGAGAUUGGGUUCCCAAGAGGGAAAGUUUGGGAAAUGAUGCUGAGUGGUAGGCAAGGAUGGGUGAAUCUGCAUUCAUAUUGUCUUUCACUGUAAACCAUCACUAGGCAGAGUCCACCUGUGGCUGUACACAGCAUUUAACAACAGCCUUAAUUGGUAACUAAUAGAUGGCUGAACAUCUCUAUGGGCUGUGGAUCAUCUUAGGACUCUUGUCUACAGUGACUCAGCAUUGGAGGUUUUAGGUGGUGUCAGGAAGGGGGUUAAAUGAUCUCUUCCAAAUACCUUAUGAAAGAUGAAGUUAAGGCUCAGAUACAAGGACUUCUUCAAGAUGGUAGGCAGUGAGUCGGCUGUCCCUUAGCUGCAUCAGUGAGCCCUGAAGGCAGGAUUAACAGGAUGUGUACGUUACCCCUGCAGGGCACUGGAUGACAUUGUGUUGUAUCUAUUUCUAACUAUAGAACAUUCCUGUGGCUUGAUUGGUUGCCAAAACACUGCGGUCUCCAUGUUCUCUAUUUCAACUCAGGGUUAUUCUAGGACAAGAGGAGUUGCUGAAAGAAAAGCACCUCACAGCCUGGCCAGUGGUGGAUGCUCAGCCCAUGUGCAUUUGUUUCCCUUUCCCCUGCUCCCCAGUGAUCUGCUGGGCAGACUGCAGUAAGGAAGCAGAUGUAUUUAUGGCACUGUAGGUGGUGAUUAUGCUCAGUUGAUUUAGUCCUUGGCCUCAGUACAUCAGUACAUUAUGGUGUAAGUCACCUGAGCUGGUGCUCUCAGCAGGAUUUUGUUUUCUUCCCCAGAUGAACUACACCAAGUAUUAGUUCAUAAGCACAGACAACUAUGAAGCUCCCUUCUACAUAGCCAUUGCCCAUCGCCCUCAUCCUUAGGCUUUGGGUACCCUGUUCCCAUCCCAGGAUACAGGUGGACAUCUUGGUGCUACGUUCAGUCGAUUUCAUGGGGGCUGCUUGUGUGCCCAGACACUGUUCUAGACUGAGAGCAUAGUAGUGAGCAAAAGAGCCAAAGAUACACCCUCACAGGGCCAGUGUUCUAGUGAAGAGUAAAAGGAGUUGUUAUGGUUUUCUCCUCCCAGUUGCAGAUGAAGGAUACUUGUGGGUAAUGGGUUGUGAGCAGAAGCCCCACUUCUGGGCUAAGGCUUUUGUUUGUUGGUGCAGGACUCUGUAGUGUUCUUCCUGCAUCAGUCGUGGAAGCCCAUAUAGAAACGGGCCACAAAAAGUCAAAGUCAUCUGGGAUCCUGAGCCCCCCACCUCCAUGGAGAGCACCUGUAAUGGACUUUAUGGGAAUGAGAAAUAAACUUCUGUUAAACUACUGA